AUGUCUAUCCAAUGGACAGGAUCGCGCAUUGAAGGUCAAACAGAGCAAAGGUCACUCCCAAGGUUGAUCAAUCGCUAUAUCUACGAAGAAGACAGCACAAUCACCAUUUUUGAUAUCCUCCGUCUAACCGAACUCCUGAUCCUGUCCAGCCACUUCACCGAGGCCCAUUUAAUCGCCUCGACGCUGUAUACGUUGGUAAGAGACUUCGAACUCACCGACAAUGGCAAGAAACGUGACUUUAAGAUAGACACACCUUCCACUCUAGAGGUUUUUUGGAAUGUGAACCAAUCAGUCUUCCCCCGACCUCAAAGGGCACCACACUCCGUUCGAGAUGACAAUCAUAAAAUGUCGCUGCGCCAAAAGCAAUGGAGUAAUUACGCGCAAUGUACUUAUUCGAAGUGGAACGUUGAAUUCAUGGACAAUGAGAGCCCCUCUUCUGUAUGGCGCGAAACAGAUGACCCAGCCACGUUGGCGACGUGUGCACGACUACUCGCGAAAACAACCACCCGGUAUACUUAUCCGCCCGAAAAUUUAGCUCGUGAAGCACUCGAGGUGGCGCAGAAACUCUAUGCAACACCGGACAUACCCAAGGAAGCGUGGGCUUGGAAGUCCAAUGAGCCGAGAAGACACGCACAUCUACUGUACCGGCGGUUGCCUAUUGAGCUGGCGAUACACUUAGGAGACUUUUUGAUGGUGCCUGGUAUCUUCGAUGUCUUGCCCCUAUUAGCCCGUGGUGGGAAAGAAAGCAAUCCUUUCUCCAUCCCAAAACAGGAUGCAGUGGGUAUGGUGAGGGAGAUAACUGCUGUGCUGGAGCUACGGGCUAAGCAUGGGGGACAUCGGGAACUGCACCCAACUAAGGUUGGAUGGAGCGAGUUAUUGAAUCGACUUGCGGAGGGGGUAUGGCAUCUCCACCACGAAGAGUAUCAAGAAAUGGGCAUCAAGAACGCCAACGACCUCUUGUAUGAGCCUGCCACGAAGGAGGAAAUCACUGCAGCGGAGAAGAAAGUCGGUGAGCUGCCCGCUGAUUUCAAGGAGAUGGUUCGGGUGGCGAACGGAUUCAAGAGCAGACCGGACUUCUUCGAGGGUGGUAUACCUGGCAUUCAGGAUAUCACCAUAAAGGAAGGUGACGAUGGUUAUCUCCGUUAUGAACUGGGAGACUACAGCUGA